CGAAUCUCAAUAGGUCCCUGGAGGGACCAGUUAUUGUUGUUGACGACGACUCUGAUGUAGAAAAUGAUACUGUUUACAAGAAAAAUAAUGGACUUGAGAAUAGUGAGGCCCUAGUAAAGGUUUUGGAAGAUGAUAAAUUAAAAGACAUAAAACCUAUUAUAGGCAACAUUUUGACAACACAUUUCAGUAAUAAUUAUAUCGAUUUAUCAAAGGAAAGCAACCCAAAUCCUUCUACUAAUAAUACUUUAAUAUUACCGGUAGAAAAUAUUACUAAUCGCGAGACAAUUGGUGAGAGAUAAUGAACCUAUAAUAAUACUUGACGAUGACGAUACGGUAGAAACAUUAAGCACCUGCAGUACUAUCAUUUUAGACUCGCAAAUGGAUAUCGAAGAAUGUAACGGUAUUCCGGAAAACAAAACGAAUUCCACGCAAAGUGCAGUUUAUAAUACACCAACAGAAACAAAAGCCCAAAAUAUUGAAUGUACAGAACAAAUAAGCAAAAUAGUUUCAGUUAAUGGAACCGAAAGCACUGAAAUAUUUAAAGAUCCCAUCGAGGCACAGCUGAAGAGGAUAUUUGAAAUGCCUUCUUCGGAUACAUUUGAUACUGAGGUUGACAACAAUAUUAGAGAAAAUGAUAGAGAAACCGAAAUCACCUGUAAAAAAGAGCCAGAACUAAUAACAUCUUCACCUCAGAACCAAGAGCAAUGUCCCAUAGUAUAUAAAGAUCGUGGUUCUCCAAAUAACGCACCUAAUGACAUUGAACCUUCUACAAUUAAAGAAAUAAGGGAAAUAAAUAAACCCGUUAAUAUAAACGCUACAGUUGUACAAUGUCAAGAACCUAAUAUUGACAAUAAUUUCAGUAUAAAUGUAGAUGGUGCUAAAGAAACCGAAAUCACUUGCAAAGAAGAACCACAGGAAAUAACAGCGUUACCUCAGAACGAAGAUCAAAAUUCCGUAGGACACAAUUAUUGUGGAUCUCCAGAUAACACGAAGAAUGAUGAUGUUGCAUGUUCUACAUUGCAAGAUACAAGCUAUAUUGUAAAUACACCCAUUAGAAUGAACGCUACAGAUUCAGAAAAUCAAAAACCUAAUAUCGAUAAUACUAUGAGCAAAAAUGUAGAUAGUGUUAAAGAAACCGAAAUCACUUGCGAAGAGAAACCAGAAGAAAUAGCAUCGUUAUCUCAGAACGAAGAGCAACAUCCCAUAGAACACAAAGAUUCUGGACUUUUAGAUAACACAAAGAAUGAUGAUGAAUGUUCCACAAUGAAAAAAACAAACGACAAUGUUACAACAUCCGUUAAAAUAAAUGCUACAGUUGCAAAAAGUCUAGAAUUUACUGAUAGAACAUUAACUGCCAAGCUUUUAAAAUCUGUAAAAUCUGAAAUAAGAAAAGUAGAGGAACAAAAAUUGCUGCCUGUAACACAGGCCCAAAAUUUUAUAAAAGCGUUAGAGGCAAGAAUGUCAACUUUCCUAAAAACACAAUAUACUGUAACGACAGUGUUACAUAAAGGAAAACAUUCGAGAAUAUACGAGUGCAUAGAUAAGGGUGGCUUCAAUUACGCUCUUAAGAUGUUAAAUAAUGUACGCGAUCGCUACUUUAUGGGGAUACAAAAGGAAAAUAUGCUUUUGAGUUUCCAAAGAGAUAUCCCUAAAGAAAAUCUGCAUUGCGUAUAUCUCUUAAAUGGAUUUUCAAUGUGCGGACACUGGUGCUUCUUGAUGGAAUACUAUCCGAAGAACUUGUCAGAAGCUUUGCAACAAAAUAACAAGUCUUUUCAUAUAGAUACAGUACAAUUGUUGUCACAGCAAUUAAUUGCCGCAGUCACAAUACUGAGGAAUAACAACAUUGUGCACUCAGAUAUUAAACCAAGUCACAUACUGAUUAACAGCAAGAACGACAGAAUAAAGUUGUGCGGGUUUGAUACCGCGUACAACAUAAAAGAUGUUGUUAUAGAUACAAACAUAGGUACAGUGAACUAUCGCCCACCAGAGGUUAUACUAGGGCAUUCCUCAGGAUUCUCCCUGGACGUUUGGUCGUCUGGCCUAGUCAUGUACGAGUUGGCGACGAAUACCAAACUGUUCCCAGGGUAUUACGACAAUGAUAUACUAUACAAGCAAAUGUGCACGCUCGGAUACGUCCCCUACGACAUGUUAGAGAAGUCUUUGUUCAGAGGCAAUCACUUUUACGGAACAAGUUUCAUGAGGAGAGUAGGUUUCAGGAGAGAGGCUAUAAAAUACGUCGAUUCACUCAAGAAAAAUAACAGAAUCCACAGAACUUUAUUCGACGCCUAUACGAUGGAUUGGAGCGAGCAGAGAACGAAAAUACAACGCUCUGAAGAUUUGAAAAACUUGUUAAUUUUAAAAUUUUGUUGGAGCAAAUGUUGGCAAUUCAUCCAAAACACAGGUUGUCUAUUGAAUUUGUAUACGCCAAUCCGUUUAUUUACGAAUUUACUGAUAUUUGUUGAAAAUUUUGAGAUGUCAGGUCAGGCCAUAGCAAUAUAUUGGCCGAUCCAAAAUAAUACUAAAUUACGAAUUACGUGAUUUCAGUGAUUAUAAUUGGUUAUAUUACGUUUCCAUACUUUCAGAAUUACUAAAUUAUAUUUAUUUAGCUCUUAACUGUUGCUGAUUGUUGAGAGAUUACUGUUUAUUAAUUUUUUGUUUUGUGUACUUCAGUGUGAUAAUCUAUUUUAGAGUAAAUAGAUAAUCGCCUUUCUUAGACAUAAUACUCUAUUAUUUAUAUAUUUUAAUUUUGUGUUAUGUCCUAAAGGAGUUCCGAGUAAGGAACAUUCCAUAUUUAUUAACUUAUAUUUUAUAUAUUUCUUGUAUUUGAAAGUUGUUGAACAACUUAUCAAUGCAAAUUAAGUCAAAAGGUACUAGUUAUUAAGAAAUUUAUGAACGUCAUCUAAGCAUUUAGACCUAUGAAAAGUAUAUAAUAAAUAAUAUACUGGUAGUAAUUAGAUGGUGUUAGACACCAAAUCUGCGGUGCGAUUACACAGUGAUCUCAUAAAAAUGAAUGUAUUAAAAAUUAUUUUAAAUAAUUUUGUUACAUUUAUAUGACGCCAGAUUUAUGGAUAUGUGUAUUACCAGUAUGAAUGAAUCGCCCGUGUAAUGUCGGCUUUACAGAGUUCUGAUAGCUGAAUGGGGUAUUGGCUACUUUUUUACACUACAUUUUGUUAAAAUGUAUGUCAUCCAAAAUGUAACAGAAAAAGAAUUUUCAAUAUCCACUUAAUAAUGUUACAAAGCUUUGAAAUUAUGUAAAAGGGAUAGCCGUCAAAUACAGUAAUAACCUACGUGACGUCACCGGCAAUAACGCUGCGUGCGUGUGAAAAAGAUAGCGCUAUCUCCACUCACCCCUACUUUUGCCCACAUCGAAACUUAUUAUUUCACGAAUUAAAUUCUUUGUCGUAUUAUUAUUUAUUACAUAUUAAUAAUGAACAAAAUCAAACAGGAUACUACCCUAUUUAGUAUUACCUUGUACUGCGUUUAAAAUACAUUAUUUACCAAAUGUUAUAACUAAGUAUUAAAAUAAGUUCCUAUUAAAUUUGUAAGUACUAAGUAAGUAUUGAGUUUAUUUUUGUAGCAGAAUAAAUAUAUUUUUUUUUGUAUUGUG